UACAGCAAUUUCAGUUCUGUUUUGAAAGUAAUACAAAUUUUGCUUUUCCUUUGUUAUUGAAGACAUGGCAGAAAUAGCUCCUACAGCAGCUCCUGCUCCGGUUAAGACUGCCAGGACCACGAAGAAGAAGACCGCUGCCAAGCCCAAGAAAGCGGGCCCCGGUGUGUCAGAUCUCAUCAUCAAGGCAGUGUCUGCUUCUAAGGAGCGCAGCGGGGUGUCUUUGGCCGCGCUGAAGAAAACUCUGGCGGCCGGCGGUUACGAUGUGGAAAAGAACAACUCCCGCGUCAACACGGCAGUCAAGAGCCUCGUCAGCAAGGAGACCCUGUUGCAGACCAAGGGCGUCGGCGCUUCUGGCUCCUUCAAACUCAACAAAAAGGUGGCUGAAGCCAAGGAUAAAGCAGUUAAAAAAAAGACUGCGCCCAAACCUAAGAAGCCAGCGGUGAAGAAAGCUGCUCCUAAGAAAGCUCCAGCAAAGAAACCCGCAACCAAGAAGGCAGCUACCAAGAGCCCGAAGAAAGCAAAGAAACCCGCGGCUAAGAAGGCAGCAACAAAGAGCCCCAAAAAGGCAAAGAAACCAGCGGCUAAGAAGCCAGCCAAGAGCCCAAAGAAAGCCGCUAAACCCCAGGCGGCGAAGACAAAGCGGGCAGCUCCUAAAAGACGCUGA